UCGUCGUCGCCGCGCCUCAGCCAAUCAGAAGCGGGGCAAAGGGCUAAGUGCGGCAGAACGCGGAGAAUGCGCAUGCGCGGCGUCGUUCUCCCUCAGGACGCCGGCGGAGGAGGACGGGCGGGACGGAGGCUCCUGAGUUUCUGGGACCCCCGCGGAGGGGGCAAAAGCCAUGGCCACGUUCCGGCAGGAGAAUGUGGACGCCCACUACGACAUGGAGGAGGAGCUCGGAAGUGGUCAGUUUGCGAUAGUGCGCAAGUGCCGUGAGAAGGCGACGGGCCGUGAGUACGCGGCCAAGUUCAUCAAGAAGCGUCGGCUGUCGUCGAGCCGCCGCGGGGUGAGCCGGGAGGAGAUCGAGCGCGAGGUGGACAUCCUGCGGGAGAUCCAGCACGCCAACAUCAUCACGCUGCACGACGUGUUUGAGGACCGGACGGACGUGGUGCUGAUCCUGGAGCUGGUCUCGGGCGGGGAGCUCUUUGACUUCCUGGCCGAGAAGGAGUCCCUGGGCGAGGAGGAGGCCACCCAGUUCCUCAAGCAGAUCCUCCACGGAGUCUGCUACCUACACUCCAAGCACAUCGCUCACUUCGACCUCAAGCCGGAGAACAUCAUGCUGUUGGACAAAAACGUGCCCAGCCCUCGCAUCAAGCUGAUCGACUUCGGCAUCGCCCACAAAAUCGAGGCCGGGACCGAGUUCAAGAACAUCUUCGGGACCCCCGAGUUUGUAGCUCCUGAAAUCGUCAACUAUGAACCUUUGGGCCUGGAAGCUGACAUGUGGAGCAUCGGUGUCAUCACGUACAUCCUCCUGAGCGGGGCGUCCCCUUUCCUGGGCGAGACGAAGCAGGAGACGUUGACCAACAUCUCGGCCGUGAACUACGACUUUGACGAGGAAUAUUUCAGCUCCACCAGCGAAC